AUGCAUGCUCGCCAAAAUUCGGCCUGUUCUGCAACCAAAUUCCUGGCCCAGCAUUCCAUCUGUCACUUCCCGAUCCUGAAGACUAGCAGUUGGCCAGAAUGCCUCGAUCGGCUUGGCUGCCAUGGAAGAAAAAACAAAAAAGCGUACGGUUGUCUAACCUUAGUAGCUGAAAUCGUGCUGACCAGUACCCCUCCACAGCCCGCCUCUAAAGCAAGCGACCGCAGUCCCUUACACCAUUGUCCAACGGGUGCGUCGUCUAGUAAUACCCAACCAAGAAUUCAAGAGGAUGAUCCAAUCAAAGUGAUUCUCACAGACGAAGAAAGAGCGAAUCGGGUAGAAAAAUCCAAGGAUGCUUCCAUAGGAAAGGGACUUUGGACUGAGGCUCGUAGCCGUUUAGAUCCAGACCGGUUAGUUCAACUGGGAAAGCACAUUGAUGAGGACAAUAAGGGUCUUCAGAAAGCUGCAAAGGCAAAGCUGGAGGCUAUUCGAUCAUCUCGACUGAAAAUCAAGAUUGGCCAGAAUAAAGAGCUCGUGGUGAGAGACGGAGUCACCAAGGUGAUCAAGACAAUUCUUAGCUACAGUGAUUUGAUAUCAGCGGCCGUAGCCGCAGAGCCUCAUGCCAGUCUUGCUUGGGGAGGUGUUGCCGCCCUUUUACCGGUAAGUCCCCAGGAUCUACAGGCAAGUUGCGUGAGUUCUAAUAUUGAAUAA